AUGAGCGAGACCGCGUCGUUGAGCGGCUCGGGAGGGUGGGAAUCGGUGGAGGCGGCGCUCCCGCGCUCGACGCUCUCGCUCCUCGAGCGCCUCUCCGAGCACCACAAGUGCGUGUUCCGCGAGGAGGUGCUCGCGCGCCUGAGCGUCAAGGACCGUCUCUUCCUCGCACGCACGUCCCACGAGCUCCGAGCCGCGGUCCUCACCAGCGGCCUUCCCAUCGUCGGCGACGGCCGCCGCCGCGUCACCAUGUACCGCGACGGCGUCCACUCCAUCGCGUGCGGUCCCCUGCGCGUGUUUCAGUACUGCGUCGCGCAGGGAUGCCCGUGGCUCUCGCCUCACACCCCCGAGCUCGCCUCGCUCGCCGGAAACGUACCCGUGCUGCAGUGGGCGCACGAGAUGGGAUGCCCCUGGGACAGGCGAACCAGCCUCAGAGCCGCGUGCGGCACCACGCCCUCGCACCUCGCGUGCCUCGAGUACGCGCACGCGCACGGCUGCGCGUGGGACGAGCGCGACUUCGCAGAUGCCGCAGCCACCGCGCCCCUCCAAACGCUCCGCUACCUCUUCGACGAGGGCUGCCCCUACGACGAGUCCAUCGCGGAGUGCGCCGCCGCGCACGGGAGGCUCGACGUCCUCGAGACGUUCCCGUCCACCGCAAAGUCCGGCGGCGUCGCGGUCACCUCCGCGGCGGCGUCGCACGGCCACCUGCCCUGCCUCAAGUACGCCGUCGAGACGUUACGGUGCGACGUGGACGAGCGGGCGCUGAGCCAAGCCGCGGCGUGGGGCCACAAGGAGUGCGUCAGGUACCUGGUCGCGGCGAGGUGCCCGGGGUGGGACGCGUACGAUGAGGCGUGGUCGCCGGGAUCGCCGCAGUGGUGA